AUGGAACAUCUUGUGGAGUUUGUCAGACAACUUCACAAAGCAGAAUCUUACUCGGAUAUCAGGAUUGUCUACAAAGAUGAAGCAAUCAGAGCACACAAAUUUGUUAUAGUGAACAACACAGAUUACUGGGGCGAUUUGACAGACCUAGACGAGAUUGAAAUCGGUAUGAGUCAACUAUCUAAACCAGUAAAUUUAAAUUAUUAAAUUUAUAAUUCUGAAUUUAGAUGCCAGCCUUGACCGUGAUGUUCUGACUGUGAUGUUGGAGUGGAUGUACACGUUCACGCUGUCAGAACAAUGGGGAUACCAGUUUCUAUUGAGAUUAGUAGACGCAUCUCACAACUUCAAACUCAAGGAUCUGUUUGAUGUGUAAGUUAAUAUUAUAAAGUUUUUACUUUUUUUAGAGCAAUACAUUACCUGGUCAGCGACAUCAGCAUAGGGAACUGUAUACCUAUAUAUGAAAAGUCGUUGGCCAUACCGAGUGACUACUUAAGGGAUGGAGUGUCACAAUUCAUAACGAAGAGUUGGAGUAGUUUAACUAAAGAUCACUUUAAAGACCUCGCACCGGACAUUCUGAUAGCAUUGUUGACGAAGUAAGUUACAUACUUGGAUACUAAUGCACUAUUAGAAACGUGGAGAAUGUGAUUCACUCUAUCUUGAAGAUCGGAAGGGCUGACGUACUUAAGUUGUAUCUGGAAGAGAACGAGGUAAGGUUUUACAUUGAUGUAGGAUGGCAAUGACAUCACUUUAUUUGUGUUUUGUUAACACUUUAUUAUAUAGGUUAAAGAAGAAUUGAACACAGAAGAUGAGCACGGUCUGUUUCCUUUGGACAUCGCUUUCUCGACCUGUGACUUGACGUCAGCUGAAGUGUUAUAUGAACAUGGAACUGAUGUCAACGCGAUCAACAAGGAAGGCAAAUGUUUAUUAGCAAAGGCAAUAGAAAAAGGUAACGUUUGUUAAGUUUCAUUAAUUUUCGAUGAAAAAUGUUUCGAGUAUAAUAUUAUUUUAUUCAUUUUAGGGGAUUUGUCUGUAUUGACAUUCUUGGUAGGCAAAGAGGCCAAUGUGAAUUAUGUGAGUCGAAAUGGUCGUACUCUGCUACACGACUUGUCGUUCUCAGAUGAACAAUCCCAUAUCUUGCCGUGGGUCAAGGAGAACAUCAACAGGUUUAACAUCAACGCUGUCGACGAGGAGAAACGGUAAAAAUAGAUUUUUAAACUUUGAUAUUGAUAACGCUUUCUUUGGUUACGUUUUUAAAAAUAAUUUUUAAAAAAUUAAAUUGUGCAGGUUUUGUUGAUUUUAGCUCACCGUUGUUCUACGCAGUUUACAAACAAAAUUUGCCGAUUCUGGAGCUGCUUUUGAGCCACGAUAACAUCGAUGUGGCUUCUGAUCGUGCUCUUCUGGAGUUGGCUUUGUUCAAGCAUCAGAAUCUGGAUGUUUCUGAAAGAUUGAUAGGAAAGGGAGCUUCCUUGGACUUUGCUGACGACGAAGGUAAGUAAUUUAGUAAACAUUAUGUUUUUUAGCAAAAACGUAUACAUUAAGUCAUAUUUUAGGUAACACAGUGUUUCACAAGGCCAUUCAGAACGAACAAUGGAGUUUGAUUGGCUUUUUGGUUAAAAAUUCGAAGCGAAUCAAUGAUAAGAAUAACAGCGGAAGAACACCGUUGCAUCUUCUGUUGAGUACGGCUUCUAUUUGUGGUUUGACUUCUGAUUUCAUUACGGUAGAUGUCCUGAAGAUGUUGUUGAAAGCGGGUGCUGAUCCUUUACAAUUUGAUGACACUACGGAUCAGACUGCCUUACAUUAUGCUGCGCGUCUUCCUGCCUUUGUACUUAAGAUUCUACUCGAAUAUUGUGAUAGUAAGUGCUUGUAAUUGAAGCUAUUUUUUUACAUUUAAAAUUUUUUAUGACGUUAUUUUAGAAGAACAUCUGAACGUACGUGACAAGAACGGUAACAGUAUGUUGUGGCACGUUCUGAUUAACGGCCACUUCGAGACAGCCACUCUUUUGGUUAAGAGUGGAGCUGACAUCAAUGAAGGAACUUCUGAAGGGAACUCUUUAAUCCUCAGGGCAUUGGUUGACAAACGGGAAGAUAUUGUCCACUUCCUCAUUACUUCUAACGCUAGCAUCAAUGUAAGGUGAGUGGUUAUGUUGGUUUAGUCAUGACAUGAUCCUAAAUUGAAAAAGAUUGAUUUACUAUAAAUAAUAUAAGGUAAACGGCUGUUUUACAGAAAUGUGGAUGGUCGCACUUGUUUGGCCUUGGCUGUAGAGAAUGGGUUGAUAUCAACGGUGGACACAUUAUGCAAGCUGGGGGCAUCUUUGAACACGAUAGAUCCGUUUACUCAAGAUGUGCCGCUGUAUAUUGCACUCAAAAACAACGACUACGGCACUGCACAAGUGUUGAUAUCUCACGGGUGCGAUCUUGAGGCUGUGAAGAGUAUCGACGGAGUUCAGAAGUCGCUUUUACGUCGUGCCAUCGAAGACGGUGACGUGAAGGUGGCGACCUUUUUGAUUAAAAAGUGAGUCAUACUUGUAUGUGCAUGUGUUAUUGUGUAUAUUCAAACGUUUCGUAAAAAUUUUUGGACUAAAAAUUAUAAAUAUAUUUUAGUGGUUGUAACGUGAACGCUCCAGAGAAGUCAGAAUUGGAAUCUCCGCUACAUUUGAGUGUGAAACACGAGUUGAACGAGGUUACCUCUUUGUUGUUAUCUAACCUCAAAUGUCGCGUCGGCCAUCAGGUAACUAAAAUUAUAUUUUUUUUUAUUGCUGAGCUGUUUUAUUGUUUUAAGUAAAGUGUUUUGGGCUUUAAUAUAGUGUAGCCUUGUAGGAUAUUGAUGGAAAUACUGUAGCUCACUUGGCGGUCCUCAGGGAUGACAAAGACACCUUAGAUUUGAUACUAGCUCAUCCACGAGCGUCAGCACUUCUAAUCCGGAACAAAUUAGGACAAACGCCGUUGUGUAUCGCUAUGGAACACAAGAGCAACAAGAUUGCUGAGGCCAUCUGCAAUAGACUCCCACAUGCUGCGCUCGAAGUGAACGCUGACGGAGAGAAUCUGUUACAUAUAGGCAUCAAAGGAGACGACUUGGAAUCCGUGUUGUUUCUUUUGGGAUUACAAGUAGGUUUAAUAUAUAUCAUUUUAUAGUAACUUUUGUGAAGUAUUAAUAUUUAUAAUUAUUUUGAAACAGACCUUUGAUAUUAUAAUUGAUGUUAAAUGAUUUCUUCUAGAUUGAUGUUAACAUAUCUACUGAAAACAACCAGAAGCUGCAGCCAUUGCAUUUGAGUGCUCAAUACAGUAACGGUCUUAUUAUGCGUAACAUAAUAUUGGCGGGAGCUGAAUUGGAUGCCAAAGAUUCAUUCGGUAGGACGGCACUUCACAUUGCGGCCAUGUACGAUCGUACUGAACAUUUGAAGAUAUUAUUGGAAAAUGGUGCUGACCCCAACGCACUUGACAACGAGUCUAACAAUCGUAUGUUGUAGCAUAUUAAUAAAAUUCAAAUAUGAAACUUUUAUUUUAAUUAAAUUGUGGUUCAAUUUGAUUUUUAUUUACUUUUUAGCUCUGCAUUUUGCUGUUAUGGAGUCCGCAUUCCAAUCUGCACAGGUCUUGUUGCUAGAAUCAUCUGUUGAUCCUUUGGCAACCAACAAGAUGUAGUUUUUCCUUGUUAUUAUUUUUGAAAAUAAUGUUUGAUAACUAAUACAAUAUCGUUGUAGGGGCAGAAAUGCGGUUCAUCUAUGCGCGAGCAUAUCUGGAUUGGGUGCGGCCGAAAUGUUUCAAACAGUCAUUGAGAUCAUACCUAAUUAUCCUUUAGAAACCGGUGACAUUUAUGGAAACACUGGUAAGUGUUACGGCUAGCGCCAAUUUAAAUACUUUUAUAAACUAAUUUCGAACGUUUCUGAGUUUCAUACUCAUAUUUAUAAAAUUAUUUAUAGCGUUCUUGCUGUCGUUCAUAAACGGGAACGGUGAUCUCUGUCGACUGAUGCUCAAGUACGGAGUAUGCUUGUCAGCCCGUAACAAAAAAGGGGAAUCGGUGUUCCACUUGCAAAUCCCUUCACCUAACUUCCUCGAGAGUUUACUGAGUAAGUUUUCGUUAACAAUAAUUGACAAAAAAGUUUACAACCUGGUUUAAUAAAGGGUUACCUACAAAUUGUAACAGAACUAAUUUUAAAAAGUUUCAGUUUGUCUAGAUCGUGAACCUAAAUGGGGCGAAGGAGACGCUUGUUCGGAUUGUGACAUAAAGUUCAGUCUGACAAUGAGGAAGCAUCACUGUCGACACUGUGGGCGAUUGACGUGCAGCAAGUGCUCCGAACAACAAAUACCCAUACUCAAGUAUAAUCUGGCCAAGAACGUCCGCGUAUGUCGUGUGUGUUACGCGGUACUCACGACGGGCAUAUCUUCGAAACCCUCGCCAUACCCUCUUGAAUGA